AUUACAUAUUUAUUUUUCUUUCGGGACAGCGAAGAAAAAUCAUUCGAAAGCAAAGCGAAAGGCAGAUCACACAAUCACAAAAACUCACUUCUUCUUCACUCUCUUGCAGAUCACUUCCUCUGUCGGCACGAAUUCAUUAGGGCUCAAGCUCGAAUCUGGGUUUAGUGUAAUAAAAUCGAUUUCAGUAAGAAGAAUCUGGUGAGAGGCCGUGGAGGAUUGGUAGGGGAGAGAUGAGGAGGCGGAGGGUAGCUAGAAGGAGAUUAUUGAGUUGGAUAUGGCUUCUCCUUGCUUCUUUCUCUGUUGCUGGAUUGGUUCUCUUCAUCGUUCAGCAUCAUCAUCAACAACAACAAGAUCCAUCUCAGCUAACUCUUGAAAGAGACACAAGAACCGAGGAGUACGUAUCUCCUCCUCGUUUAAACUUCACCGAAGAGGUGACGAGUGCUUCCUCGUUCGCUAGGCAGCUAGCCGAGCAAAUGACCCUCGCCAAGGCCUAUGUUUUCAUAGCCAAAGAGCACAACAAUCUCCAUCUAGCUUGGGAGCUGAGCUCCAAGAUCAGAACCUGCCAGCUUCUCCUCUCGAAAUCAGCGAUGAGAGGCCAGCCCAUUUCCUUAGACGAGGCCAAACCGGUCGUUACCGGCUUAUCAGCUCUUAUCUACAAGGCGCAAGACGCGCAUUACGACAUAGCCACGACGAUGAUGACUAUGAAGUCUCACAUCCAAGCCCUCGAAGAGCGCGCAAACGCAGCCACCGUUCAAACCACGGUGUUCGGGCAAUCUGUUGCCGAGGCGGUUCCUAAGAGCCUCCACUGUUUGAUGAUCAAGCUAACAUCAGACUGGUUAACCGAGCAGCCGUCACGCCGUGAAGCAGCGGCGGCAGAUGAGAACAGGAACUCGCCUAGACUCGUUGACAACAACCUCUACCAUUUUUGUAUCUUCACUGACAACGUGGUAGCUGCUUCUGUUGUUGUGAACUCAUCAGUCUCCAACGCUGAUCACCCGAAGCAGCUUGUUUUCCACAUAGUGACGAACCGAGUGAGCUACAAAGCUAUGCAGGCUUGGUUUCUUGGUAAUGACUUCAAGGGGUCAGCGAUAGAGAUCCAGAGCGUUGAAGAGUUCUCUUGGCUGAAUGCUUCGUACUCUCCUGUCGUUAAGCAACUGCUGGAUGAUGCAGAUUCGAGAGCUUACUACUUCGGUGACCAAGAGACAAACUCUGAGCCAAAAGUCAGGAACCCGAAGUACUUGUCGUUACUGAACCAUCUCAGAUUCUACAUCCCCGAGAUCUAUCCUCAGCUAGAAAAGAUCGUUUUCCUAGACGACGACGUUGUUGUUCAGAAAGAUCUGACUCCGCUCUUCUCGUUAGACCUUCACGGAAACGUCAACGGAGCUGUGGAGACGUGUCUUGAAGCCUUUCACCGUUAUUACAAGUACCUAAACUUUUCUGACCCGCUCAUCAGCUCGAAGUUUGAUCCGCAAGCGUGCGGAUGGGCCUUUGGUAUGAACGUUUUCGAUCUCAUCGCUUGGAGGAAAGCGAACGUGACUGGUAGGUACCAUUACUGGCAAGAGAAGAACAGAGAGAGAACUCUCUGGAAGCUAGGGACGCUUCCUCCGGGGCUGUUGGCUUUCUAUGGUCUCACUGAGCCGCUAGACAGAAGAUGGCAUGUCUUAGGGUUAGGUUACGAUGUGAACAUUGAUAACCGUCUGAUAGAAACCGCGGCUGUGGUUCACUAUAACGGCAACAUGAAGCCUUGGCUAAAGAUUGGUAUUGGUAGGUAUAAACCGUUUUGGUUGAAGUUCUUGAACUCGAGCCAUCCUUAUUUACAAGAUUGUGUCACAGCUUAGAAGCAAAAGACUUUUUUUUUGGAGGGGAGUUGAGACUGGUCCCAUAUCGGAAGAUUCUUGAUUUCUUAUACACUUUGAAGAUUUUUUUUGUCGUUUUUUUUUUUUGGAAUGUUUUGUAGAGUUUGUCAGAUUUCAGAUAUUCUCUGAAGACUAUUGUUCUCUUCUUAUGGUCUGAAGAGCAAUUUAUAAUCACACAUUAGAAUGAUGUACUUAUGGUUUAAUAGAUUACAGGAUACUUAUUUUUUGUUUGUUA